AUGCAAGGAGGUUACGUGCAGGGAGUUGCAUGCAAGCGGCGUCCCUGGCGCCUCACAGAGGAGCGGCGCCCGCCUAACACCACAGAGGAGUGGCGCCCGAGUCACACCACAGAGGAGUGGCGCCCGAGUCACACCACAGAGGAGUGGCGCCCGAGUCACACCACUGAGGAGUGGCGCCCGAGUCGCACCACAGAGGAGUGGCGCCUGACUCACACCGCAGAGGAGUGGCGCCUGACUCACACCGCAGAGGAGUGGCACCCGAGUCACACCACAGAGGAGUGGCGCCCGAGUCACACCACAGAGGAGUGGCGCCCGAGUUGCACCACAGAGGAGUGGCGCCCGAGUUGCACCACAGAGGAGUGGCGCCCGAGUCACACCACAGAGGAGUGGCGCCCGAGUCCCACCACAGAGGAGUGGCGCCCGAGUCACACCACAGAGGAGUGGCGCCCGAGUCACACCGCAGAGGAGUGGCGCCCGAGUCACACCGCAGAGGAGUGGCGCCCGAGUCACACCGCAGAGGAGUGGCGCCCGAGUCACACCACAGAGGAGUGGCGCCCGAGUCACACCGCAGAGGAGUGGCGCCCGAGUCACACCACAGAGGAAGGAGUGGCGCCCGACUCACACCGCAGAGGAGUGGCGCCCGAGUCACACCACAGAGGAGUGGCGCCCGAGUCGCACCGCAGAGGAGUGGCGCCCGAGUCACACGACAGAGGAGUGGCGCCCGAGUCACACGACAGAGGAGUGGCGCCCGAGUCACACCACAGAGGAGUGACGCCCGAGUCACACCACAGAGGAGUGGCACCCGAGUCACACCACAGAGGAGUGGCGCCCGAGUCACACCACAGAGGAGUGGCGCCCGACUCACACCACAGAGGAGUGGCGUCACACCACAGAGGAGUGGCGCCCGAGUCACACCACAGAGGAGUGGCGCCCGAGUCACACCACAGAGGAGUGACGCCCGAGUCACACCACAGAGGAGUGGCGCCCGAGUCACACCACAGAGGAGUGGCACCCGAGUCACACCACAGAGGAGUGGCGCCCGAGUCACACCACAGAGGAGUGGCGCCCGAGUCACACCACAGAGGAGUGGCGCCCGAGUCACACCACAGAGGAGUGGCGCCCGACUCACACCGCAGAGGAGUGGCGCACGAGUCACACCACAGAGGAGUGGCGCCCGAGUCACACCACAGAGAAGUGGCGCCCGACUCACACCACAGAGGAGUGGCGUCACACCAGAGAGGAGUGGCGCCCGAGUCACACCACAGAGGAGUAGCGCCCGAGUCACACCACAGAGGAGUGGCGCCCGAGUCACACCACAGAGGAGUGGCGCCCGAGUCACACCACAGAGGAGUGGCGCCCGAGUCACACCACAGAGGAGUGACGCCCGACUCACACCACAGUGGAGUGGCGCCCGAGUCUCACCACAGAGGAGUGGCGCCCGAGUCACACCACAGAGGAGUGACGCCCGACUCACACCACAGAGGUGUGGUGCCCGAGUCACACCACAGAGGAGUGGCGCCCCACUCACACCACAGAGGAGUGGCGCCCGACUCACACCACAGAGGAGUGGCGUCACACCACAGAGGAGUGGCGCCCGAGUCACACCACAGAGGAGUGACGCCCGACUCACACCAUAGACGAGUGGCGCCCGAGUCACACCACAGAGGAGUGGCGCCCGACUCACACCACAGAGGAGUGGCGCCCGAGUCACACCACAGAGGAGUGGCGCCCGAGUCACACCACAGAGGAGUGGCGCCCGAGUCACACCACAGAGGAGUGGCGCCCGACUCACACCACAGAGGAGUGGCGCCCGACUCACACCACAGAGGAGUGGCGCCCGAGUCACACCACAGAGGAGUGGCGCCCGAGUCACACCACAGAGGAGUGGCGCCCGAGUCACACCACAGAGGAGUGACGCCCGACUCACACCGCAGAGGAGUGGCGCCCGAGUCACACCGCAGAGGAGUGGCGCCCGAGUCACACCGCAGAGGAGUGGCGCCCGUGUCACACCGCAGAGGAGUGGCGCCCGAGUCACACCACAGAGGAGUGGCGCCCGAGUCACACCACAGAGGAGUGGCGCCCGACUCACACCACAGAGGAGUGGCGCCCGACUCACACCACAGAGGAGUGGCGCCCGAGUCACACCACAGAGGAGUGGCGCCCGAGUCACACCACAGAGGAGUGGCGCCCGAGUCACACCACAGAGGAGUGACGCCCGACUCACACCGCAGAGGAGUGGCGCCCGAGUCACACCGCAGAGGAGUGGCGCCCGAGUCACACCGCAGAGGAGUGGCGCCCGUGUCACACCGCAGAGGAGUGGCGCCCGAGUCACACCACAGAGGAGUGGCGCCCGAGUCACACCACAGAGGAGUGGCGCCCGAGUCACACCACAGAGGAGUGGCGCCCGAGUCACACCACAGAGGAGUGACGCCCGACUCACACCACAGAGGAGUGGCGCCCGAGUCACACCACAGAGGAGUGGCGCCCGAGUCACACCACAGAGGAGUGGCGCCCGACUCACACCACAGAGGAGUGACGCCCGACUCACACCACAGAGGAGUGGCGCCCGAGUCAAACCACAGAGGAGUGGCGCCCGAGUCACGUCACAGAGGAGUCACACCCGACUCACACCACAGAGGAGUGGCGCCCGAGUUACACCAGAGAGGAGUGGCGCCCGAGUCACACCACAGAGGAGUGGCGCCCGAGUCACACCACAGAGGAGUGGCGCCCGAGUCACACCACAGAGGAGUGGCGCCCGAGUCACACCACAGAGGAGUGGCGCCCGACUCACACCACAGAGGAGUGGCGCCCGAGUCACACCACAGAGGAGUGGCGUCACACCACAGAGGAGUGGCGCCCGAGUCACACCACAGAGGAGUGGCGCCCGAGUCACACCACAGAGGAGUGAUGCCCGAGUCACACCACAGAGGAGUGGCGCCCGAGUCACACCACAGAGGAGUGACGCCCGACUCACACCACAGAGGAGUGGCGCCCGAGUCACACCACAGAGGAGUGGCGCCCGACUCACACCACAGAGGAGUGGCGCCCUGUCAGAACUUGAGCUUAGAAUCGAUACUAUAG